AUGCCAGGUCGCAGGCCCUACCGCCAAGUCAUCGACGGUGUACCGAGGUGCCCUCUGGUCGUUCCAGCAGUAUUUCGUAAAAGCCUCUCCUUCCGCGCUGCCAAGGGUGACGUCGUGCAGAGCACCUACCCCAAAAGUGGGACCCAUUGGCUUCAGUACAUAACACAGUUAAUCGUCAACGGAGGAAAACCCGUCAGCUCCUACGGCGAGUUCACCCGCAACCACCGGGCAAUCGAGUAUGUGGAGACUGAUGGCUGGGAGUCGCCUCUACCUGUGAGACUGUUUCUGACGCACCAACCGCACAGCCGUGAGUCUAUGAACGAGGAGGCCAAGUACAUCUACAUCGCUCGGAACCCAUGGGACGUCUGCGUCUCGCAGUUUCGCAUGACCACAGACCUCAGCUACUUCCAUUUCGAGGACGGCACAUUCGAAGAGUUCUUUGAAUCUUUCAUCGAGGGAGACUUGGGCUUUGGGAGCUACUUUGACCACGUGGCGUCAGCGUACACCACCAAAGACGACCCAAACUUCUUCUUCGUCACUUACGAAGAGCUCAAGAAAGACACUAGAGGCACAGUUUUGAGAUUGGCUAGCUUUUUGGGUGAGAGAUACGAGAGAGCUCUGCUUGAAAACUCGCAAACGCUACUGAAUAUCCUUGAAUGGUGCAAACCAGAACACAUGAGGAAUGUCAUCGUGUUUAAUCUCAAAGAAAGCGAGACACCGGAAUGGAACGAUCUAUAUGCUAAGAUUAACAUUACGAGCAAGGAAGGCUACGGUGGAGACAAAACAAAGUACGCUUUGGUAAAAGAAGCCAAAGUGGGAAGCUGGAAGGAAUACUUCACGCCUUACCUGCUUGCCCGUUUGGAGAAGAAAAUACAGGAAGAAGGGGACAAGGCAUGUUUUAUGGAGAUAUGGGAAGAUAUUCGAAAGCAAGCGUUCAAGCUAUCCCGCGCGUCUUCAGAGUACCGGGACUUUUCGUUACCUUAG